AUGUCAACAUUUACUUUUGGAACACCUGCAACUUCGAGCAACACAAGUUUCGGAUUUGGACAAAAGUAAAUACAUAGUUUUACGUUUUUUAUCCAUAAUUUCAUUAAUCUUACAUUGUGAAAUUGCAAUAUACGUUUUCGUAUUCAAAAUUUAUAUACAGAAAUAUUAAUAAUUCAUUGUUUUCUAGACAGGUUUUAACUUAAACAGUAUUUCUUUUGGUUCAAGUACUUCAGCACCUACAUUAACUUUUGGGGCUACAUCAACACCAGCAACAACAACUGGGCUUAGUUUUGGAUUUGCUACACCUACAACCACUGUACAAACACAAUCAGGUGGUUUACUUUUGGGAUCAAAUACAACUAGUACAACAACUGCGAGCAGUUUAUUUUCAGCUCCAACUACAUCUGCACCAUUAUUUGGCGGCCUUUCUUUUGGUACGCCGGCAACAAGUUCUACAUUAACAUUUGGUGCUCCAUCCGCUACGACUACAACUGGAAGUGUUAGCUUUGGAACGCCUACUACCACAACAUCACUUUUUGGUAGUGGCAAUUUAUUAGGAUCAAAAUUAGGUACUAUUGGUACUACAACUACCACAAGCACUGCAAAUAGAGGAUUAGGAGGAUUAGAUGUAUUAUCAAGUAAUAAAGGGCUUUCACAAGGAAAUACUAAUUCAACUGCCAAAGAGAAUGUUUGGCCACCAGAAUUAUUACAGACAAUAGAAAAAUUCAAGGAAUUUGUAAAAGAACAAAAAGUAUUAUCUUCAGAUAUAGCAAGAGGCUCUGCAAGACCAUUGAAUAGAUGUGCAGAAGAUACAGCAUCAUUAAUGGAACUUCUAACAACAUUGGGUGGAUCAGUUCAACGUGACCGUUCUGCUGCUGAUAAGUUAAAACAGGAUACAGCAAAAGCAUUACAAAAUGCUGAAAUAGCUCAAAGGACGCACGAUACUCCACCAGGCUUACAAUAUGAAAAUAAUGCACCAUUAUUAUUUUUUAUGGAAUUAGCUGAUAGCUUUGAACAUGACUUAAUGUUAUUUAGGUCUCAAAUUGAAACAACAGAAAAACAUAUACAGACAAUGAUGACUCCAAAAACUUUAACGCCACAAGAAUUAACAAUGGCCAUGAGUAAACUUCACGAAUCUCUUGUUGCUGUUGCUGGUAAGUUACAAGGUGUACAUUCAAAAGUUCAACAACAAAAGGAACAAUAUUUGAACUUUAGAAAAUACGUUUUAAAAGAUAAUACAAACGUUUUUGAAGAUAUUAAAUUGGAUGGGAAAACAUCUCGAAAUAGUAUUGGAAAAAUUGCAAGUGGUCCUACACCAUUUGGUCCAGUUUGGGGAAAUACAAUACCAACAUCAUCUGCCACUAACAUUACUCUAAGUUCGUCAUUGAAACCACCAACAGCAAGUUUGACUUUUAAUACUCCGUCAAAUUUUACUACACCUUUACCAACGAGUGAAUCAAACUCGAGUUUUCAACUUCAGAAACCUCCUAUUGGUAAUAAAAGAGGAAAACAUUGA